UAGGUCAAACGGAAACCGAGGAGGCAGGGUUGAGCGGCGAAUUACGGAGUAGAAAGCAACACCUGCUUGGAUCAGACUCAAUUCUGAGCACGAGCUCCUCACGCGGGGUAAUUCUUGAAGCUUGACUUUGCUGGACCUCCGUAGUCAGGGCCAGUCCAUAAUGGCCGGUACAAGGAAUUACGACUUUUUGAUCAAACUGUUGUUGAUCGGUGACUCGGGCGUCGGUAAAUCAUGCUGUCUACUGCGAUUCAGCGAGGACUCAUUCACUCCGUCGUUCAUUACCACUAUUGGCAUUGAUUUCAAGAUCCGCACUAUCGAACUCGAUGGCAAGCGCGUGAAGCUCCAAAUAUGGGAUACGGCUGGGCAAGAGCGAUUCAGAACAAUUACAACAGCUUACUAUAGAGGAGCAAUGGGGAUUCUCCUUGUUUAUGAUGUCACUGAUGAACGGUCGUUCCAGAAUAUCCGUACAUGGUUUUCCAAUGUGGAGCAACAUGCGAGUGAAGGUGUUCACAAGAUACUUAUUGGCAACAAGUGUGAUUGGGAAGAGAAGCGAGCAGUAUCGACCGAGCAAGGCCAGCAGCUAGCGAACGAGCUGGGUAUUCCAUUUCUAGAAGUCUCGGCCAAGAACAACAUCAACAUUGAAAAAGCUUUCUAUGAUCUUGCUUCAGAUAUCAAGAAAGGAAUGGACACAUCAAAGUCUGAGCAGGUCAGCUCUCAGGGCGUUAGUAUAGACCAGCAAGGUUCUGGCUUGAACGGCAACACAAGCGGAAAGUGUUGCUAAUCUCAAUUCUCCACUCUGAAUGCUUCAAGUUCUCUCCCUCCUGUUCCUCUUUGGCCCUACACCUUGCCCCACAUCUGGCCGAUUCACGUGUCGUGGAUGGA